AUGCCAAAACCAGACCUCGCACCAAAAGCACUGGACGUGCAGUCUACACAGUUUCACACAAUUGUUCCAAGUCCUCUUUCAUUGCUUCUGGUGCUGCCUGUUGUUGAAGCAGUAGAAGCCAGAGAUGCAAUCGCUCUCUUGUUAGGUGUGGUUCUCAGCAUUACAGGCAUUUGUGCUUGUUUGGGGGUGUAUGCACGAAAGAGAAAUGGACAGAUGUGACUUUGAAGGGCCUCCUGAAUCAAACCUUGCCCUGAAAACCUUUGUGCUAUUGAGGUUCAGAACUGAGUUUUGGUGUCUGAAAG